GCGAGGGAAGACAAAAGUGGGAUUUGUUUUAUAAGCUGUGAAACCAGUGUAGGUCAAAUGUUGCUGUUAAACUCAACUUAAAGUUGUUGGUUCAAAUGGCCUGACAUUGAAUGGCCACGUGACUGUGGCUUAAAAUAUGCUAGGGUUAUCGAUUUUUUCCGUCAAGUACAUGUAUAUUGUUACAGAUAAUCUGGGACUAGCAUUUUAAUCUGCGCUACUCCUUUCGAAAUUCAGUCCCUUUUCGAGUUUUUUACGUUUCGUUGUUUUCAUACACUCUGGAAGAAUCGUUCAUCGUCUGCGUGCGCCUGCUUUACUCUUGUGGUACACAGUCCAGACGAGACAGUUCUCAUCUCUGCCUCAGACAAAUUCUAGAUGACUUGGAAAACCACAUUAUCUGCUGUGGCUGCAGUGUUUCUCUGUGCUUUGGGAGAAUUCACUGUGCAAAGUCAGAGCAACAAACAGCCCCACAUCCUCUUUAUAGUAGCUGAUGACUAUGGUUUCCAUGACAUUGGUUACCACAAUUCCGAAAUCAAAACUCCCAAUCUGGACAAACUUGCUGGAGAUGGGGUGAAGCUGGAGAAUUACUAUGUACAGCCGAUUUGCACACCGACCCGCAGUCAGCUGUUCUCAGGCAAAUACCAGAUCCACACCGGUCUGCAGCAUGGCAUCAUCUGGAAGACACAGCCUAACGGCCUUCCUCUAGAGGACCCCACCCUGGCAGACAAGAUGAAAGAAGCUGGGUACUCCACGCACAUGGUGGGCAAGUGGCACAUCGGCUUCUACAAGGAAGAGUAUUUGCCUACACGCCGCGGUUUCGAUUCCUAUUUUGGUUACUACAGCGGCAGUGAGGAUUACUACAGCCACAAUACCUGCUCCUACCUGUUGAAAGGCUUCUGUGGUUACGACUUAAGAGACGGCGAUAAAGUUGAUUAUCAAGACAAGGGGAACUACUCUACACAUGUCUUUGCUCAGCGGGCCAUAGAUGUGGUUAACUCCCAUGAUCCAAAUAAGCCACUGUUUCUGUACAUAGCCUUCCAAGCUGUUCACGCUCCGUUAGAAGUGCCGGAGAAAUAUACACAGAUGUACGAUUUCAUACAGGACAAAAACAGGAGGACCUAUGCUGGUAUGGUGACAUGUAUGGAUGAAGCUGUGGGAAACAUUACUAAGGCUUUCCAGGACAAGUUCAUGUUUGAAAACACUUUUAUGGUUUUCACUACAGACAAUGGCGGUCAAAUUCUGGAAGGCGGGAACAAUUGGCCACUCCGGGGCUGGAAGGGUUCACUUUGGGAUGGAGGGAUGAAAGGUGUUGGCUUUGUCCAUGGCAACGGCCUGACCAAACCUGGCACAAUUAACACGGGCCUAAUGCAUGUAACUGACUGGUAUCCAACCCUGGUCAACCUUGCUAAAGGAUCUCUCAAUGGAACCAAACUGGACGGCCAUGACCAGUGGGAAACAAUAAGCCAAGGCAAGCCCAGUCAACGUCAGGAAAUUCUUCACAAUAUAGAUCCCCUCAGUAAAAAAGCUGGUCAGCCUCUCCGUAACGCCAGUUUUGACAACACAGUGAGAGCGGCUCUUCGUGUGGGCGACUGGAAGAUUAUCACAGGCGGCCCAGGUAACAGCAGUUGGAUUCCACCCCCACACAUGGCAGAGAAAACCCAGAUUUCAUCAGAGGCGCCAACAAAAAAUCUGUGGCUAUUUAACAUCGCUGUUGAUCCAGAAGAGCGCGACGACCUUUCUGAGCAGUACCCGGAUGUGGUUAGAAGGAUGCUGGACAGACUGCAAGCCUAUAAUGUCACAGCCGUCCCUGUGCGUUACCCCAAACCAGACCCUAGGUCAAACCCCAAGCUCCAUGGUGGGGUCUGGGGUCCCUGGGAGACCUAAUGAUACAGUUAUCAUUGAGGAUAUGUCCCACUUAGUAACAGCCAAUCACAUCAAAGCACCCUUUACAAAUCCUUUUUGUUUUGUCGCUCCCUUUUAGAUUACCUUCAAGCUGUAAACAAGAUUUGUUUUUAUGUGACAUUUUCCUUGUAAUCUGUGUCACGUAUUGAGGCUUAUGUUUGUUUUGUGCUUUACCACAUUUACACAUUUUUUACGGUACAGGCGUAACAUUUGUUAGUUUGAGCGUCGGAGUUCAAUAACAGAGAAAGCAUUGUUAACGAAAAUGUUCGGGGUAGUAUCUUAGAAAAUGCUUGUGUUCUUCUUUCCUCUUCUCAAAGAAAUAACCAAGUGCUGCAGUGUUAGUUGUACAACCUUUAGAAAACACAGGUCUCAGCGUCAUGUUCUUGUUCAGAGCCAGUAUGGAUUUACGAACAGCAUUUUCAUCGCUACAAUUCUGACGUCUAGAAAUGUUAUAAGUUGGAUAUGAUAGUUGUACAAAUGUACUUUAAAACUUGUCCUUUUAAAGGAAUAUCGUAUUGUAAUAAUCGUUUUGUACGUGUUACUUUGUAACACUCAGUGCAUAUUUUUUUAAUAUUCAAUUUACAAGUAUACAUGUACUUAUCUUGUUCAAAGACGGGCGCUGGGUCAGAGUGUGCUGAAAAUUUCGAAUGGCUUAAAGCCUUAAUGUGUGAUUGGUUAAUUACCACACUGUCAUAGCUUUAAAGGAAAAUUCUCGAGGUAAAACAAUAAUAUUUUUUUAUAAAUAGUUUGGAAUUAAACCCUUUAACAGUUUAGCCACCUGGGCUGGCGCCUCGAUUUUUGUAUGUCAUGUAACUGAACCAAUCAUUUUGUCCAAUUAGAACAGUCGAAGGGUUUUGUCCCUGACAUAGUUUAAUGCAAAUGUGACCGUCAUGUACAACUAUGUGGGAGCUCUAUAGUAGACACAGGUUAUAUAGCUUUAGUGUUGAUAUUGCAAAUGUCAGAGGGGCUCUCUGAGCCAAUUUUUUGGAGGGGCAGAAUGGUUUUGAUGCAGUCUGAAAUUGUUUUUAUAUGAAUGCUGAAUCUAGCAGUGUCAUUUUACAUUUGACGUUUUCUAUGCAAGUUUUUAUAAAUUUUAGUAAAUUGACAUUUUACUCUAGUGGUAUGCAGAGAUUAUGCAUACAUAACUUAAAAUGGGUAGAUAUAAUACAGAGGUGCAGUGGUGCAUUACUUCAUGUAUUUUAAGGUAUUUUUUUUUGUUGAUAUGUCGGUUGUUAUCAGAGCUUUACCAAUUAUGUUUUGUAGUGUUCAAACUAAUUGCUGUAAUAUAGAUAUAAAAAAUGAAUAUUAA